GCUAAAUUAAAAAAGCACAGGCAUAACAUCUGAUGAAGACAUGGAUAGAAUAUUGCAUUGAGAAAAAGGGGAGUAGAAUUGCAAGAAUCAGGAGGUGUUGAAAACCCCGGCACGUAGUCUCUCGCAGAUUUCUCCAUCUUUGUUUCCUUGGGAUGAGCGCACCCAUGAGGAGUCUGACAGGUAUGCCUGAUCGCAUGUUAUGUGCCGUGCUGGAGCAAUUUCAGCAUUACUUUUACCUUUGAUACAUUCCCUGUAUAGUACCACUAGUCCCAGCAUGCUGAAAAGGAAGCAGAGCUCACGGGUUGAGGCCCAACCCAUGACUGACUUUGGUCCAGAUGAAACCUUAGCAGACAAUGCAGAUAUUCUCUGGAUAAACAAACCGUGGGUGCACUCUUUGCUGAGAGCAUGUGCAAUCAUCAGCGUCAUAUCUGUGUGCAUGAACACGCCAAAGACGUUUGAACACUACCCUCCUCUUCAGUAUGUGACCUUUGCCCUGGACACCCUGCUCAUGUUCCUGUACACUGCCGAGAUGAUUGCAAAAAUGCACAUCAGGGGCAUAGUUAAGGGGGAUAACUCCUAUGUAAAGGACCGUUGGUGUGUGUUUGAUGGCAUCAUGGUUUUUUGUCUUUGGGUUUCUUUGGUACUACAGGUGUUUGAAAUAGCAGAGCUGGUCGACCAGAUGUCACCUUGGGGAAUGCUGAGAAUACCAAGAGCCCUUAUAAUGAUUAGAGCUUUCCGAAUUUACUUCAGAUUUGAGCUGCCGCGCACGAGAAUUACAAAUAUUUUGAAGCGCUCUGGAGAACAGAUCUGGAGUGUGUCCAUAUUCCUGCUUUUCUUCCUUCUCCUGUAUGGAAUUCUCGGAGUUCAGAUGUUUGGAACAUUUACUUACCAUUGUGUGACCAAUGAUACACAGCCAGGGAAUGUAACCUGGAAUAAUUUAGCGAUUCCGGAUACGCACUGCUCACCUGAUGGAGAAGGCUACCAGUGCCCAAUGGGAUUUAAAUGCAUGGACCUUGAAGAUCUCGGUCUCAGUAGACAAGAGCUGGGUUACAGUGGUUUCAAUGAGAUAGGUACCAGUAUAUUUACAGUUUAUGAAGCAGCUUCCCAAGAGGGCUGGGUGUUCCUCAUGUACAGAGCGAUUGACAGCUUUCCUCGCUGGCGCUCCUACUUCUAUUUCAUCACUCUUAUCUUCUUCCUCGCUUGGCUGGUUAAGAAUGUGUUCAUUGCAGUUAUAAUUGAGACCUUUGCUGAAAUCAGGGUACAGUUCCAGCAGAUGUGGGGGUCCAGGAGCAGUACCACUUCAACAGCUACUACUCAGAUGUUUCAUGAAGACUCUGCAGGAGGAUGGCAGUUGGUUGCUGUUGAUGUGAAUAAACCGCAUGGCAGAGCUCCAGCUUGCUUACAGAAAAUGAUGCGCUCCUCCGUGUUCCACAUGUUCAUUCUCAGUAUGGUGGCUGUGGAUGUGAUUGUUGCAGCCAGUAACUACUAUAAAGGAGAGAAUCAUCGGCGGUAUUAUGAUGAGUUCUAUCUGGCUGAGGUAGCCUUCACUGUUCUGUUUGAUUUAGAGGCUCUGCUGAAGAUCUGGUGUUUGGGGUUCACAGGCUACAUCAGCUCUUCCCUUCACAAAUUUGAGUCGCUGUUGGUUGUGGGCACAACACUGCAUAUCUAUCCUGAUCUGUAUCACUCACAGUUCACCUACUUUCAGGUUCUGAGAGUAGUACGGCUGAUUAAAAUCUCCCCAGCUCUGGAAGACUUUGUGUACAAGAUUUUUGGCCCUGGAAAAAAACUCGGCAGUUUGGUUGUGUUUACAGCCAGUCUCCUCAUUGUGAUGUCAGCCAUCAGCCUGCAGAUGUUCUGUUUUGUGGAAGAGUUGGACCGAUUCACAACCUUUCCAAGGGCUUUCAUGUCAAUGUUUCAAAUCCUCACCCAAGAAGGCUGGGUUGAUGUCAUGGACCAAACACUUGUUGCAGUUGGACACAUGUGGGCUCCAGUGGUUGCCAUUUACUUUAUACUGUACCAUCUUUUUGCCACUCUGAUUUUGCUGAGCUUGUUUGUUGCGGUAAUUCUCGACAAUCUGGAACUUGAUGAAGAUUUGAAGAAACUUAAACAGCUGAAGCAAAGCGAAGCAAAUGCUGACACCAAAGAAAAGCUUCCCUUGCGACUUCGCAUCUUUGAAAAAUUUCCUAACCGGCCACAAAUGGUGAAAAUCUCCAAGCUGCCUUCUGAUUUCACUGUCCCCAGAAUAAGGGAAAGCUUCAUGAAGCAGUUCAUUGAUCGACAGCAGCAGGACACUAGCUGUCUUCUCCGAAGACUCCCCUCGGCUUCUUCUUCCUCCUGCGAUCACUCGAAGAGGUCUGGAAUAGAAGAUAACAAAUAUAUUGAUCAAAAGCUACGAAAAUCAAUAUCCAGCAUUCGAGCCCGGAAUCUCUUAGAAAAGGAAACUACCAUCAAUAAGACCCUUCGGGCUUGUACCCGACAGCGCAUGCUGAGCGGGUCGUUCGAGGGCCAACCUGCCAAGGAGCGUUCCAUCCUCAGCGUCCAGCAUCACAUCCGGCAGGAACGCAGAUCUCUGCGGCAUGGCUCAAACAGCCAGAGAAUCAGCAGAGGGAAAUCCCUGGAAACACUGACUCAGGAUCACUCCAGCACUGUGAGGUACCGGAACGCUCAGAGAGAAGACAGUGAGAUUAAAAUGAUCCAGGAAAAGAAAGAACAGGCUGAAAUGAAACGAAAAGUCCAAGAAGAAGAACUGCGUGAAAAUCAUCCAUAUUUCGAUAAACCUCUGUUCAUAGUUGGACGAGAACAUCGAUUUAGAAACUUCUGCAGGGUAAUAGUCCGAGCCCGUUUUAAUGCCUCAAAAACAGAUCCCAUUACAGGGGCAGUGAAAAACACCAAGUACCACCAGCUCUAUGAUCUCUUUGGCUUGGUCACUUACCUAGACUGGGUGAUGAUAGUUGUGACAAUCUGCUCCUGCAUUUCCAUGAUGUUUGAGUCUCCCUUCACAAGAGUAAUGCAUGUCCCCACUUUACAGAUUGCGGAAUAUGUGUUUGUCAUUUUUAUGAGUAUUGAGCUCAAUUUGAAGAUCAUGGCAGAUGGGCUAUUCUUUACACCUACAGCUGUCAUUAGAGACUUUGGUGGAGUUAUGGAUAUAUUCAUUUAUUUGGUCAGUCUGAUCUUCCUAUGCUGGAUGCCUGCCAAUGUGCCUCCUGAGUCUGGUGCCCAGCUGCUAAUGAUGCUGAGGUGUCUGAGACCGCUGCGCAUCUUCAAACUCGUCCCCCAGAUGAGGAAGGUGGUGAGGGAGCUCUUCAGUGGAUUUAAGGAAAUAUUCCUGGUCUCCAUCCUGCUCCUGACAUUAAUGCUCGUCUUUGCAAGCUUCGGUGUUCAGCUUUUUGCAGGAAAACUUGCCAAGUGCAAUGAUCCACGUAUCACAAGACGGGAGGACUGCUAUGGUAUAUUCAGAAUAAAUGUAAGCGUCUCAAAAAACUUAAAUUUAAAAUUGCGACCUGGAGAAAGGAAACCUGGAUUUUGGGUUCCACGUGUCUGGGCAAAUCCACGUAAUUUCAACUUUGACAAUGUGGGCAAUGCCAUGCUGGCACUCUUCGAAGUGCUGUCCCUAAAAGGCUGGGUGGAGGUCAGGGAUGUAAUCAUCCACCGUGUGGGCCCGAUCCAUGGUAUUUAUAUCCAUGUAUUUGUGUUUCUCGGCUGCAUGAUUGGACUGACGCUCUUCGUUGGUGUGGUGAUUGCUAAUUUUAAUGAAAACAAGGGUACGGCUUUGCUGACUGUGGAUCAGAGAAGAUGGGAGGAUCUGAAGAGCAGGUUGAAGAUCGCUCAGCCUCUCCAUCUUCCUCCCCGCCCAGAUAAUGAUGGAUUCCGGGCUAAGAUGUACGACAUCACUCAGCACCCCUUCUUUAAAAGGACAAUUGCAGUCCUGGUCCUUGCCCAAUCUGUUCUCCUCUCUGUGAAGUGGGACGUGGACGACCCAGUGACUGUUCCCCUGGCAACAAUGUCGGUGGUGUUCACCUUCAUUUUUGUUCUAGAGGUGACAAUGAAAUUGAUUGCAAUGUCACCAGCUGGUUUUUGGCAGAGUAGACGAAACCGUUAUGACUUGCUGGUGACCUCCCUUGGAGUUAUAUGGGUCAUUCUUCACUUUGCUUUACUGAAUGAGUAUACCUAUAUGAUGGGAGCUUGCAUUAUAGUGUUCAGGUUCUUUUCCAUCUGUGGGAAACAUGUAACACUUAAAAUGCUGCUGCUGACAGUGGUUGUCAGCAUGUAUAAGAGCUUCUUCAUCAUAGUGGGAAUGUUCCUGUUGCUGCUGUGCUACGCCUUUGCGGGAGUAGUUUUGUUUGGCACGGUGAAAUACGGAGAGAAUAUUAACAGACAUGCAAAUUUCUCGACUGCUGGCAAAGCCAUCACUGUUCUCUUCCGAAUUGUCACAGGCGAAGACUGGAACAAGAUUAUGCAUGACUGUAUGGUACAGCCACCUUUCUGCACUCCAGAUAAACAUCGUUAUUGGGAGACAGACUGUGGAAACUAUGCAGGAGCUCUCAUAUACUUCUGCUCCUUCUAUGUCAUUAUUGCAUACAUAAUGCUGAACUUGCUCGUGGCUAUAAUUGUGGAGAAUUUCUCCCUGUUUUACUCCACUGAAGAGGACCAGCUGCUGAGCUAUAAUGAUCUGCGACAUUUUCAGAUCAUUUGGAAUAUGGUUGAUGACAAAAGAGAGGGUGUAAUUCCUACCUCACGAGUUAAAUUUCUGCUCCGGCUGCUGAGAGGGAGACUGGAGGUGGACCUGGAUAAGGACAAGCUCCUGUUUAAACAUAUGUGCUAUGAGAUGGAGAGGUUACACAAUGGCGGAGAUGUCACUUUUCACGAUGUCCUGAGCAUGCUCUCCUACAGGUCAGUGGACAUCAGGAAGAGCCUUCAGCUGGAAGAACUCCUGGCACGGGAGCAGCUCGAGUACACAAUAGAGGAAGAGGUUGCCAAGCAGACUAUACGCAUGUGGUUAAAAAAGUGCCUGAAGCGCAUCAGGGCUAAACAACAACAGUCAUGCAGUAUUAUUCACAGUUUGAGAGAGAGCCAGCAGCAGGAACUGAGUCGAUUCCUCAACCCCCCCAGCAUUGAAACAACACUGCCUAGUGAGGACGCCAAUGCCAACAACCAGGACAACCCUUCACAGCCAGAGACAAGCAGUCAGCAGCAGCUGCUCAGCCCCACACUUUCAGACAGAGGAGGUUAUCGGCAGGACUCAACAGAGUUGGGCAAACCGCAGAGGAAGUUUGGUCAGUGGCGCUUACCAGCAGCACCUAAACCUAUAAGUCAUUCUGUUUCCUCUGUCAACUUGCGGUUUGGAGGUCGGACUAGCAUGAAGUCCAUCGUGUGCAAGGCGAACCCCAUGAAUGAAGAGACCUCUUCAGGCUCAGAGGUGAAGAAGUGGUGGACGAGGCAGCUGACUGUGGAAAGUGACGAGAGUGGUGACGAUCUCAUUGACAUUUAAAUGACAACAGAAAAUGCUUUCAUUUCAGGGGGGAAGACAGGACGUACUGUAAGACCAAAGCCUUCCUAGUCUGAGUAAAGCUUUGUUGUAUUCGAAUCUGUCAGAGGCUUGGGUUUUCCAAGCGCAAUAUGUACUGUAUAACGAAAGAAAAAACUCUAGAAGGAGAAAAAAAGUCAGCUAGUAUUUAUUUUCCCUGCAGCAGUGUUUCUUGUAAUACUCAUUCCAGGGAAAGAGUUUCACCACUCUUUUACAAAUACCUUAAAUCACUUAAUCCACUAUUCUUUUGGAUACCCUGUUUACUGUAGAUCUCUCAAUAUUAUCCAGCUUUUGUGAUGCUAUUCCUAUGCCAGCACCAUUUGUCCACUGUUGCAAUGGGAUCAUCUUUUAUAUGGAUGUCAUUAUAAAGCAUGAAGUAAAAGCCAGACAUGGACUGGAGGUUUAAAAAGUUCUAUGCUGAACUGCAAAAGCAAUGUGUUUUGUAGUAUGAGAAGCUAAAACUGAAAGCCAUACAAAGUUCUUCAUAUUGUAUAUUUUGCUGUUUUCUUGAUUAAAGUAUGCCAUUGAGUUGCUAUGUACACCCA